AUGGAAGAGGAAAGUGAAGCCAAGCAGAGUGCCUGGGCUUAUCUGCCUCAUGGCUGUCUGAGGCGUGUCUUCCAUUUGUUAGAUGACAGGAACAGAGCUCAAGCUCUCUUGGUCUGUAAACACUGGAAUUGGGCCAUGAACUCAGGAUCCCUCUGGAGAAGCCGAACUAUCACAUUCCAUGGCCACCCAUUAAGGUCACACAAAUUGGAGUUUCAACGUGCACUGUGGUCUAUCAAGAAGUUUGGCAAGUAUUUGGAGCACCUUGAAGUCAAGUUAUCAUAUCUUUACAAUACUAGCACUACUCAAAAUUUUCAAAUGGUUAUGAGAGAUGUUUUUUCACACCUGGGUAAGUGUAACCAUCGCCUAGCAUUCUUCAGGAUGAAGCACCUGGGAUUAGACCGCAGCAUGUGGAAAAAUAGGGUCAGAGUUCAGUUUAUCAAGAAUUUAGCUUUCUUCCUGAAAAAAAUGGGCAAACAUCUUAAUUAUCUCAAUUUAAAAGGAGCAAGAGUAUCCUUGGAAGAUGGCUGUGAGCUUCUGAGUUGUCUGAGCCGGAUGACAAACAAAAGCUCUGUAUCCGAAAUGAAUAUUGAAGAUUUCUUCCAUACGAACCUGCAUGUCUACAGCAGCACCUUGUUCCAGCAAACUAUGUCAAAGUUCCACAACCUCGUCACCCUGACUGUCAGUUAUAACUGCAUCUCUGAUGAACUGCUGAACAUCCUGCAGGAGCACUGUGCUCAUUCCCUGUGCACCUUGAAUAUCAAGUGUCGUAUCAAUGACCCUCAUCGGCAAGUGGUCAGAGGAAUGUCAUGGGCAAACUUGGCCAAGAAAGCCCCAAAUCUGUGCGUGAACAUGUCCUUUGAAAGAGUCCUAAAGCAUGAUCAUUUAGCCAGGAUCCUGCAAGUGGCGAUUCCGCUCAAGAGUGUCAGUCUACGGAAGGGCCAUUUCAGUGACCCAAGCUGGAUAAUGAGCCCUACCCUCACCAUUCUCCUCCCAUCCUACUGCCAUACUCUGCAGAGAUUAACACUUGAAUUAAACAACAGCGAGGAGGUGCUGGACAAUGAACUGCUCCAGCUCGUCUUAUUAUGCAGAAGAUUGUUAUUUCUGAGAGUCUGGGCGUUUCUAAGUGUCACCUUCAUGGAGAGGCUGCUACAAAACCGUGCAGAAAGGAAAUGCAUUUUGACGACCAUCCAUGUCAGGAUUUACACUGCCCAACAAGAGACCAGAGUGGAGGAUUCGCUGUUGCGUGACAUUUACAGGAAGUUCAAAUACCUCAUUGACUCAGAGAUUAAUUAUUUUGUCAUCACCUACUCAGUGACGUAA